AUGAAGAAGGAAAUACAGAAACAAUUACAGAAGGAACAGAAGGAGGGCAGAGAAGACGAAGAAAACGGGGAUUUGACAUUGGACCAGACAUGGGUAAUUCUUCUUUUUCAUUGAUAUUAAUAUAUUUAGCACUAUUUUUACAUUAAGAUUGGAAAUAACGGUAGAAGGGAAAUUUAAUAUUUACCAUUAAAAAGGUGGAAAAAUGAUUAUAGUUUUCAAAAAGGUUGAAAAUGUGUAUGCAUGUUUGUAACAUUCAAUUUGAUUAGCUUGUUUGUAAGUGAUUGUUGCAAUGGAAUAAACAGUUUUUCAAACUGCAAUUUCAUAUGAUUGAUAAUCUAAUGAACCACCGGUUACAAAAUUUCCAAACUACCAUUAUUUGCAUUCUUGUGUUUAAAAAAAAUGCAAAAGACAUGGAAUAUCGCAUUAAGUGCAUGUAAGGGCUGUAGGUUAAUAUUCCUACAUUAGACUGAGGUUUUUUCAAUGUUUUUUUUACCAAAGUGCAAUAACAGCACAGCUUGAGAUGGCAAUCUCAAUAGAGCUUUCAGGAUCAUUAAAUAUAGGAAUCUACAGCCUGCAUGUGUUAUAUUGACCAAAGAUAGCAUAUGUUUUAUUGGCCAAUGAGAGCAUUUGGUAUAACAACCAAUGAUAACAUGUGUUAUAUUGACCAAUGAUAUCACGUGUUACAUUGUUAUAGUAAUGACCUGUUUUUAUAUGUAAUUGGUUAAUCUGACUAGACCUGUCUAUUUGAUUGAGUGUCUUUACAGUAGAAGUAUUCAAGGUUGACCAUCACCCACUGGAGACAUCCUUCCUUCUGUGUUACAUGUAGAAGAAUGCAAUAAUUUAUGAUUAUUAUUAGCUUAUUUCAAAAUCUCUUUUUAUUUAUAAAUUCAUAGCAAAUUAAUAUUGUCCUAGGCAUUAUUUAUAGUCCUUGUUGAGCAACCCCUCGCAAUGUUAGCAUGUAAUUUAGUUUUCCUAAUUUGACUCUGGUUGAGUGUUGUAUUGCUUAUUUUUGAAUAUGUAUCUUCCCAGAACAUAAGCUAUAGUCAAAUUGUUGAAAUUAUAUUACAUGCUACCAAAGGAUAAGUGGUGGGAUUGCAAAAGGACUAAUUUUUAUCCUAAUUCUACACCUAAACUACACUUUAGUAUGCAUUAUCAACCUAGCAGUGUUAAUUCAACAAUGGUCUUGAAGCGUAUAACAUAAUGAAGUCACUUUAUAACAAUAUCAAUCCCAUUUUCUUUCAAAUUUAAAAAAACUCAGUCAUCUGUAAAAUUCUCCCCAUUCCUUAAUAAUUGAAUUAGAUAUGUAUUUAAACAAUAUUGAUUUAAGCGAUAACAUUUUGUUUUCUUUCCUGUUUUUUCUGUUUUUCUCUUUUUCUCUGCGAACCUGGACAAACUUUGUAGCUUGAAGUAAAUGCCAUGACUAUGAAUGUUCCAUGGCCGAUGGAGUGCGUCACUUGCAUUAUUCUAGCGGUAAUGGCGUAGCUAAGGAAGAACAACCAGUAGAUGAUGGGACUAAAGGAGAGCUUUGUCAGGGUCCAGGAGCUGGAGGAAUGAACCCAAGGCAGUCUGAAGUAAAGCGUGCCCUUCCUGUCCUUCACUAUACACAAGAAGAACUGUUGAAGAAAGCAAAGAGAUAUGCAAUGGAGCAGUCGGUUCAGCAGGUACUUGCCAAACAACAAGCCAUCCAGCAGCAACAGAUGUCAGCACUUCAAACAGCAGCUCAAAAACAAAGAGCCUUAGCUCUCAUGUGUAGAGUUUAUGUUGGUAGUAUAAAUUUUGAGCUUCGGGAAGAGCAUAUCAAGCAAGCAUUUCACCCUUUUGGACCCAUUAAAAAAAUUGACUUGUCAUGGGAUCCUUUGACAAUGAAACAUAAGGGAUUUGCUUUCGUUGAAUAUGAUCUUCCUGAAGCAGCACAGUUGGCGUUGGAACAGAUGAAUGGUGUCCUUCUAGGAGGGAGAAAUAUCAAGGUCGGCCGACCAAGUAAUGUUCCCCAAGCAGCUCCUCUUAUCGAGCAGUUUGAACAGGAAGCAAAGAAAUAUGCCAGAAUCUUUAUUGCGUCUGUUCAUCCAGAUCUACAUGAGGAUGACAUCAAAAGUGUAUUUGAAGCAUUUGGUAAAGUAGUAAGCUGCAGUCUAGCUCAAGAUGUUAUGCCAAAUAAGCACAAAGGAUAUGGUUUUGUGGAGUAUGAAAACCAACAGUCUGCAAAUGAUGCCAUUGCCUCCAUGAAUCUCUUUGACCUUGGUGGUCAGUACUUGAGAGUUGGUAGAGCUAUAACUCCACCGUCAGGUGGACUGUCAUCCACUCCAAGCUUUGCCCCUCCACCGGGAACUUUACCGGCCGCUGCAGCUCUUGCUGCCGCUGCAGUAUCAGCAAAGAUACAAGCACAAGAGCAAGGCAUUCAAGGAGACAUUGCAUUUCCAACAAUAACCAUCCCAGCUGUUACCAAUGUCCUGCCAUCAAUAAUCACCACUCCAGGAUUGGUUACUUUCCCAACAGCUUUGGCUCCACAACCUCUUCUUGCUACAACAGCAACCAUGAUCUCAGUUACUCCGACUCCAGUUGUACCAGUCAAUCCUGUCAUCGCCACGCCAGUAAUGACCACCGCGGCUGCUUUGACGACAUCCACAGCCGAAGCACUACAACUUCAACAACAGCAGCAACAACAACAACAGCAGCAACAACAGUCAUCUGCCAUAGCUAAACAGCAGGCAGAGGUUAAAGCUAAAAUAGAGGAGGAAGCACAGCGGAAGAUGGUGGAAGGAAGCAUCAGCCAUGAAGAAAACAUGUCCAUUUCAGGCAGUAAUGCAAGAUACAUGGUUAUGCAGAAAUUGUCACGUAAGAGUGAGUCCAAAGUUAUGGUCCUUAGAAACAUGGUAGGCGUAGAAGAUCUCGAUGAGGAUCUUGAGCAUGAAGUAACGGACGAGUGCAGCAAGUUUGGCGUUGUUAACAGAGUUAUUAUAUACAAAGAAAAACAGGGAGAAGAGGACGACGCAGACAUCAUUGUCAAGAUCUUUGUGGAAUUCUCCCAGACAUCUGAAACUGAAAAAGCAGUUGCAGCACUUCAUAAUCGGUGGUUUGGUGGUCGUAACAUUAAAGCAGAGGAGUACGAUGAAGUAAAGUUUGGUGCUGGUGAUUUGUCUGGUUAAAUCAGUCUGUAGAUUAGAUAUUAACUUAUUUACACAGUACUUGGCAAUACUGAUACCUCUGCUCUUACACACAAAGAAAGAAAAGAAAGCAAACAGGAAAAUGUAAAACAAACUAAGCAAAUCCAGUUUAGUUUAGUUUAGCAGGGUCUCUUGUCAAGAAGACAUCCUUGUUUCCAGUCUUUCUCAGUCUUAUAUCAACACAGUAAUCCCAGAUAGUUGCCUGUCAAUAUUGAUACGUUCCAGUAAUAUCGGGAGAAGGAUGUAAUCCCAUGCUUGUGUUUUGAGUUAGCAUUGUAAAUAGAGUACACUCAAUAAUAACUGAUAAUAAAAACAUGAAUUUGAUAUUUU